AUGCCUUACAUGAUGCAACAGCGCGAGCAAUCGCAAGAGUCAGCUGGCAGUGAUCCAGCUAUCCUCCUCGCAAACAACCCGAAGCUGCAUCUGCCGUCCACCACCGAUCCGCCGGGCGAAGCACACCCGUACUCGCAAAAGUCAUGGCUUAUAUUUGGCGCGACGGGCCAUGCUGGGCGAAGUCUGGUCAAGUCUGCGCUGAGCCAUGGUGACAAUGUCACUGCCGUCGGUAGGACGCUGGAGAACACGAUGCACCAGAUGCAGGGCUGGCAUGAGAGGUGUCAAGGCCUGCUGUGCGAUGUAAGAGUGAGAGAUACUGUAGACUGGGUAAUCAAAAAGAGCAUUGAAAAAUGGGGCAAGAUCGAUAUCAUUGUGAACUGUACUGGCUAUGGAGUAAUUGGCGCCUGCGAGGACCAGGACGACUGCGAUUUGCGCUCUCAGUUCGAGACCAAUUUCAUGGGCACUUUAAACAUAAUCCAGCUCUCGCUCCCGCAUUUCCGCGAGCAGUCGGCGAAGCGCAAAGAGGGCGAGAACGCCGGACGCUAUAUCAUAUAUUCCUCGACCUCUGGCGCCCUUGGAGUACCCGGCCUAGGGCCGUACUGCGCGACGAAAUAUGCGACCGAGGCUCUGAUCGAGAGCAUGUUGUAUGAAAUCGAUGCGUUUGGUAUCAAGGCUUCGCUGGUCGAGCCUGGACAUAUGCGCAUUGAUGAGCCGACCGGCUUGGACGACAGGGCGCCGCAUGACUACUUGAAUGGUGAAGGUGUGAGGAUCAAGAAGUAUGGCCACUUCCUGGUAAAGAGGCCAUCGGAGCCCUACAACACACCUACUUCGCCCGCUGGCCAUGCAAGACGAAUCGUGCGGUGGCUUUCAGAUCGCCAACCCACGAGCGCAGUGAAAUCGGCGGAGCUCGUAUGGCAACUAGGCCAUUGUCGAUAUCCUCCCUUGCGACUGCUACUUGGCAGCUACGCAGUGGAGAGUGUGAGAGAUAGGCUGAGGAGCGUGAUCGAAGAAAUCGAAGACUGGAAGCACUUGCACUUCCCUACCACGGAGGAGAACGAAAAAAGCAAGACUUCAAAGGCAGGCACGGAUGAUAGAGAUGAGGAGAAAGAGGACGAUGGCGAUGCGAUGGAUGUUGGCGAAGAAUAUAUAGGAGAUAUCAGAGAAGGAGAGGAGGAAGGAUGAAACGAAAGAUUGAUACCCUCUCGAAGAAUUUAAUGUUGAAUGCUGAUUCCUUUCCAGUGCGGAACUUAUGCCCGGAGGCAGCCACAAUUUUUGCUGUUCUGCAAUGAAUCAAAAUUUCCCAGUCUUGGAACUGGUUGGUCGGCGAUAAGUUAUGGGGGAGCGUGGCGCGCUCUCGUUGUAUUAUCUUCAAGUUGCUCACGCAGCGAUGCACAUUUGUGGCGGUUUGCCGAAUCAAUCAAUUACUUAAACCUCUCGCAAGACUGGACACAUGAGGAUGCAACUGCUUCGUAU